AUGGCGGACACCUCUUCGGUCACGACGCUCCUCGAGCAGAUUGCGCGCCGCUUCGAGAACGCUCUCAACAGCCGCGACUUCUCCACGACUUCUUCGGCGUGGGACUUCAUGGCACCCCAGUUCCGCGGCGAGGCAGAGUAUGUCGAGCCACCAAAGACUCUGAGCCUAGCAGAACUCAUGGACGUCUUGAAGCAGCUCGUGACCAUCUUUCCAGACUGGCAUCUUCGAGUCGUCAGCAUGACUACUUCUGUGCGAGAGCUUACCGGGACCGCAGAAGUAUUCAUGCAUGUGGAGACGACAGGCGCGCCACCUGGUAUCACGAAAGAAGGUGUCGGGAUCCUCGAGUUUCAGAGGACCGAUAAAGGGAGUUGGCUUGUUGUGAGGCAUCGAAGUGCUGCUGGCCUGGAUAUGGUGGCGACCGGGGCAUGA